AUGGUCAAAGUCACUCUUCUCGGUCUGCUGUUCAGCGCCGUCGCACUCGUGGAAGCAAUGCCAAAGCAGAGUCCGCCAGAGCGGAGUCCAAACGAGCAGUCGGUCAAGAUGUUUAGCAAGCGCAUAUACCAGAGCGCGUGUCACAAAUCGUACAAAUGCGACCAUCAAUCCGACUGCGCUGGACCAGAGAAAAUGGACAUCGUGCCCGACGGGUGCCCGAAGUGCUAUGCAAAAUUUCUGUGCGGCGCCGACGGGAAAACCAUACCGAAUACGCUUCAGGGCUACUGGUGCCUGGGGAGUGACGACGAUUUCUGCUUCUGA